CGCGUUCGCGAUUUCUUUCUCAUGAGCAGCACAUUCGAGGCCGCCCAUACUUCCUUUCCCCUUCUCAUCUUUUAAGUAGGAGCGAAAGGAUAAUAUGUACAUAUUCAUAUUUAUAUAUUUCCUGUCCUAUUUGAAGCUGCGCUGGUAGAUUGUUGUCCUUUCUCGCUUCCUCUCACGCGAGACCUCCGUGUCGAAACCGCUGAGAUGAAACCAAAACUAGGAGCUUGCGUUCGCUUCGCGACUGGGAUGGAUGGAUGGGAAAGAAAGGGAGGGACUGGGGGUUGGCAGUAUGUUAAAAAAAAAACCACCACCCGCCGAUUCGCCAAUCUCAGCCCAAGGAAUAGGGGCACGUGACUGCCCGCUCGGAACGUGGGCUGGGUGGUUUGCCAGAGUCGUCAGCGCCGCUGAAGAGGUACGAAGAAGAGCCGCUGCCGCUGGCGAGGGAGAGAAACAAACAAAAAAAUCCCGCGCGGAGGCUUUGUGGUAGUGGAGGCUGCUCUGCUCGCGCGUGGAAAGUGCCGCGGCGGAUGCGCAGGCCGCUGGCGCACUCGCUCCUGGCGGCGGCGAAAGAAGGAGAAGGCGGUGGCGGCUUCUCUCGGGUCCGCACCUGGCUGAGGCGACGGUGGCCGCCUGCUCGCUCCGGGCCUCUUCCGCACCUCCCGCCCGCCCGCCUCUUCCUCCAGCUGCCGAGUGUGUGGCUUCUUUCCUUUCCCCUCUUCUCCCAAACCCUCCAAACAGCCCCUGCCCAGGAACCGGCUCCGUCCUUUUCCUCUUUCCUCGGGUGCGUAUUUGCCUCAACGCGGGCAGCCCCAUCAGCCUCCCUCCCCCGCCUCUCCUCUUUCCUUCCUGCCCAUCCCGCACACAGUCCCUGCCCGAGAGAAUCGGAGGACAUUUUUUUACCUCUCCACAGCCAACGAAGGGCUUUUUCCCCCUUUAGCGCUACAACCUUUCAAUCCCUAAUCACGCUUUAUUCUUCCCCCCCCCCAUAGCCUAAAUUUAUUUUUCUCUUAAUAGGUAUCAUCUUCCCCUUUUAAAGGAGAGUGUUUGUUUCUUUUCUUCCCCGAUCUCCCCCACCUUCUUCAAAAGAGAGUGGACUUUUUGCCUCUUGCCACUUACUUUGUAGGUAUUAAUUCUAUUCUGCUUUUGACCAUACACACCUAGACACCCGUUCCUGUAAAGGAGGGGGUUUAUUUCUCUUUGCAGUGUUAGAGUUGACAUUAAUUCCCUUUUAGGCUUCUGCUGCCACCUAUUUUCCUAUUCAUUCUGCAGUCUUUUUAGGCUACACGCACACCAACCUCCUACCCUGCCCAAACGGCACAGUUUCCUGUUAUGAUAACUCUCACAAGGAGAGUGUCAGUUUUUGUUCCUGAGCUUUUAGAGAAGAUAUUACCCCCAUUUCAUUCAUUUUCUGCUUGGUAGUUGAGUCCCUUUUUAUCCUGAAGGUGUUAGUUCCAAUCAACCCCAUCUAACAUAGACUCUGACACUCCAUUAUCUACCCUUACUGGGAAAAACUAAACAGCAAGGAAGCAUUCCUCAUUUUCCAGACCAGCAAAAAAGAUUUCUGUGCCCUGCCAAGUUGACCCAAGCCCAAUUUGAGCAAUGCCCUUUAUUCUUUUGUUCUUUCUGUCAUAGCAGCCUCUUUCCUCCAACCCCAGGUAAAGGUUUCAUUCCCUGUUCCACAGAGACAGGGGUCCCCCUCCCCUAGCUGAUAAUCUUCAUUCAUGGUCUCUUUGCACCAUUGCUGGGACGGAAGGCCCUGGAAACCUUGGGAACCUUUUCUUGCUAGGUGAGGAAAGCUAAAAAAAAAAAAAAAAGACAGGAGGACCCCUUAGUAAUGAUUCCAGAGGGUCCAUGAGAAGGGAAGAAGGAGCUCUUUCCCAGACAGAAACCUAUCACCCUUGCCUGGCCAUGGAGUGUGUACAAGUUUCCCCCAUGCAGCAGCAAGGGAAAGCUGCUGAGGGGGACCAUCUCCUCCUGCUACUGCCGCCUCCUGCUGUGCAGAAGGAAGAGGAGGACAUGCUGAGGGGUUCUGAUCCAUGGGCUGCCUCUCGAGUGGACAGCAGUCAAGGUGGGAUGAAACUUCAGGAUGCUUUGGACUUUUCGGCCCAUCUUCAAAAUACGGAAAACCUUCAUUCCCAGCACAACCUUCCCACUCUAGGGAGUCAUCCUGGCAGAGAGAUGGUGGACCAUUCUACUGCAUGUUCUUCAAAGAAGGAUUUGAAAGAGACUGAGGAUUGUGGUGUGGCAGAAGAGCAGUUGCAACCAUUGGAGAAAGAGACUUUGAGCCAUCCACUACAGGAAAAGUCGCUGGCAGAUGAGGUGACCUGUAAUAAACCCUUUUUGGCCACAGAGUCUGUUGCGACUGCCCGAGAAUGCCUUACAGAUGCUGACAGAUUUUCUCAGCAGAACAACUGUUUGCAGGAAAAAUUGGACUCGUCUUCUCAGAACUGUUGUUUAGGCUUGGAAGCAACAAGUGGAGAGAGUCCAGAGGAUGACCAAACAAGCCAAGGCUCUCCACCUGCUGAUGAUGGAAAACUGAAGCCUGGGGCGAAGCAUGUCACAUUUCCUUCUGAUGAAGACAUUGUGUCUGGUGCUGUAGAGCCUAAAGAUCCUUGGCGGCAUGCUCAGAAUGUAACUGUGGAAGAAAUUCUCACCGCCUACAAGCAAGCCUGUCAGAAGUUAAACUGUAAACAGAUACCCAAACUACUGAAGCAGAUCCAGGAAUUUAAGGACUUGACUCCCAGGAUAAAUUGCCUGGAUCUGAAAGGUGAGAAGUUAGACUACAAGGCUUGUGAGGCCCUGGAAGAGAUUUUUAAGCGUCUCCAGUUCAAAAUAGUGGAUUUGGAACAAACAAACCUAGAUGAAGAUGGUGCCUCUGCGCUGUUUGAUAUGAUUGAAUACUAUGAGUCAGCCACUCACCUCAACAUCUCAUUUAACAAACACAUCGGCACACGAGGUUGGCAGGCAGCUGCACACAUGAUGAGGAAGACAAACUGUCUCCAGUACUUGGAUGCCCGUAACACGCCCUUGCUGGACCAUUCGGCACCAUUCGUGGCACGCGCCUUGCGCAUCAGCAACAGCCUAGCCGUACUGCACCUGGAGAAUGCAAGCCUGUCCGGACGGCCUCUUAUGUUGCUAGCAACGGCUCUGAAAAUGAACAUGAAUUUGCGGGAGCUUUACUUGGCCGAUAAUAAGCUGAACAGUCUCCAGGACUCUGCUCAGCUUGGCAACCUCUUGAAAUUCAACUGUUUCAUACAGAUCCUGGACCUGAGGAACAACCACAUUCUGGACUCAGGCUUGGCAUACAUCUGUGAGGGGCUGAAGGAACAGCGGAAAGGCCUUGUCACAUUGGUGCUGUGGAACAACCAGCUGACUCACACCGGCAUGGCCUACAUGGGGAUCACACUGCCUCACACACAGAGUCUGGAGACCCUGAAUCUAGGGCACAACCCCAUUGGCAACGAAGGUGUCCGCAACCUGAAGAACGGGCUCAUCAGCAACCGCUCGGUACUGAGGCUGGGCUUGGCAUCAACCAAGCUGACAUGUGAAGGUGCUGUAGCAGUGGCAGAAUUCAUUGCGGAGAGUCCCCGUCUGCUUCGAUUAGACUUGCGGGAGAAUGAAAUCAAGACAGGAGGGCUGAUGGCCUUGUCUUUGGCCCUGAAGGUCAACCACUCGUUGCUCCGGCUGGACCUCGACAGAGAGCCCAAAAAGGAAUCGGUGAAGAGCUUUAUUGAGACGCAGAAGGCCCUCCUGACAGAAAUCCAGAACGGCUGCAAGCGGAACUUUGUUCUCGCCAAAGAGCAGGAAGAGAAGGAGCAGAAGGUCCAGCAGUCUGCCUCCAUGCCCGAAAUCACCAUCACCGAGCCCCUUGAAGAGGGGCCAGUGGAGGACGAGGUGCAGAAUGGCGACACAGCAUCUACGACGGAAGAGGGGGAGGAAGUUGGGGAGGCAUUGCCCUCCCAAGAGAACGGGCCAACGGAUACGAGAGUCGGUGGUGGCAACAACGAGUCAUCUGAUUCGGACACAGAGGAAGAGGAGGACGAGAAACUGGAGAUGAAGGGUCUCUCACCAGUGCAGAAACACAGCAACCCCGUUGAUGCUACGCCAAAGCCGUGUUCCCCCCAAAAGACCAGUGAUGCCCUUAGCGCAGAAAGCAGGAUCCCCCCUUUGAACACUACGGAAGAAAUAAAAUGUGAAUCUAGAGGGGGGGUUUCAAGCGGACCUCUGGCACAAGCCAGUUCUCCUGGAAAUGAGAGGCGGAUUGCGGUCUCCAGUCCCGGGCGAGGCCAUAAAAUCUUUGUAGUGACGCGGGUGGAGAGCCUGCCGGAGGAGGAGGAAGGGAGCGACACACGGCGGGGGGAGGAGGAGAGCUCUCUUGCUCUACGGGCAGCUCCACCAAAGCAGAGUAACCCCCCAUCAGCCCAGACUCAUCCAGCAAAGACUGAAUGCUCAGAUGGACAAGUGAAUGAGACUGUUUCCAAGUUGGUGGCCAGCUCAGAAACUCCCUCCACGCAGAGCUCCAUUUUGGAAGUGGAAAAGAUAAACUCUGGGCUGUGUGAGAGCACUGUUUGCAACACUCUGCUGCCUAACGGACUAAAGAUGGAGUUCGUUCAUGCACUACCAGAUGCAUCCUUAGGGCGUGAUGGGAAAAUGGCCAGUUGCACUGUAGAGCAUGAGCUAAACUGUUCCAAGAACGAGAAGGAGCUGGAGGAAUUGCUUUUGGAAGCCAGCCUAGAGAUGGGGCAGGAACCAAUGUGACACUUUAGUUUCUGGGCCAUUCCGCAUCAAAUGGGUUCUCUUUGGGAAGCACCUGUCUAGCUUUACUUCCUCCCUGCACCAUGUGAUUCUAAAAACAACACCUUGAUUCUGCAAUACAGAGGCAACGUGACAACCUCCCCCCACCCCCAACAGCGUCAUUUCCAAUUGCAGCCACUUCUCCCCUUUUCACACUCUUGGAAGUCUUCCCUCUGAGAAAAUAUGUUCUAUAGCUGAUCCAGCAGAGGGAAGAACUGAGACCUUGACCAGGAGAAGAGCUUCCUUCUUUGAGUUCAGGGUAAACUCUUGACAUCUUUGGUGCGUCUCCCUGAAACUCUAGCCAGGGGCACUUGCAUUGUCCCCCCCCCCUUUUGUAAGAGAAUGCCCCUUACAAAGUUAUUUGCAAGGAGGCUAACUUACGGACUUGGACCAUUGGACACCGGACAGGAAUCUCCGCUCUCCAGUCUAACUGCGAAACUUACAACCCACCACUAAACAGUAGAGAAUGAGCCGUGCCCUGCGUGUUUGGUUUCUGUGCAUUGCAAGUGCUGCUGGUGCCAGCAGACCCAGUUUUUCAAGAAUACAAGGAGAGAAGCGGGGCUUUCCCGGGUCCUGAUGGCUGAGAGCAUCGUCACGUUGUGGCCUCCUGUUUAGAAACUUCUCUCAGCCAAGCAAGACUAUUGAGGCUGUUUAAUCCACAGCACAGACUGCUAUUUAUUUUUAUUUUUAAAUCCCGCCCCCGUUAGUUGUGUCUCUUCUUGUCUGUCUUUUCUUUGGUGUCUGUUUAAUGGAAUGGGAACAGCUUUUCUUUUAACCUGCAACCCAUUUUAAAAAAAAGAAGUCGCUGUCUCUGCUUCCUCCUGGUUUGCAGAGCCUACCUGUUGAGGAAAGCCACCUUUUGCUCACCAAAAGAAUCAGCGGUGGGAGUGAUUUUCUGAGUGAUAGCCAGCUGCUCUUCCCUGCUGAAGUGAUUUGUAGUAAGCUAAGAGAGAGGAGGUGGGGGGGCGAUGCCUUUUUGUGCAUUAUAGGUGACUUUUUUAGCCCAUUUCUCACCCAUUAGAGGACUGCCAUGGCUUCAUCUGAUCCCGUUCUCUUCAUAUUUGGUGGGGGGGGGGGGAAGACAAAUUUGUUGCAUCUCCUGGGAAGAAUUGUUUUUCAAGCCAUACCAUGCUGAACUUUUUUGGACACUACGGAGGAACUGCUUGUGGCUUGACUGUUGUAGCAGCAAAUACCUUUGACUAUAAAACUUGGUAAACGGCACACGUACAGUGGGAGAAGUCAGGGGUUCUUUUUGUUCACCCCAUGCUAUAAAGCUGAUGUGAGAAACUUCCUAGAAUGCUGCUGAUUUGUGAGCAGUUUAAUCUUUUUUUAAAAAAAACUUGCCACCUCUCUUCGUGUUGCAGGUUCCCCCCCCACACACACACACACACAGUUCCUGUAGAUACAUUAGCUGAAGAUAAGAACAUAGCUGGAGUGAUAGAUUGUUAGCUGGUCUAUCACCAGGGCCCUUCAGAGUCCAAAAUCACUACUUUUCUAGAACAAAGAUUGACUCCUUCACCACCCCAAAGCUCGCUUUCCUUAUGGAGGGGGAGAAUUGGGCCACCAGUUGGAACUUGAACCGUUCUCCAGGUUUUGCUCCCCAGAGGAAACCCUCCAGGCUUGUGGGGUCUUCAGGCUGGGAAGCCUCUUCAACACCAAAGUGGGGGAGGCAGAUUGCUGCAGGAAGUGUGUGCAGCUGAGGGUGGGGUUGAUUGUUUUAUUUCUCAGGGAAGGACUUUUUGCAGCAUCCCCCAGGGUGUAGUGCUUUUGCCCCCAACAGCCAAACAUACGAGGGAUUGUGAGGAAAGCCAGUGGAACUAACCUGUAUAGUCUGUCUCUCCUCCUUCCACCCCUGGUGGAGUCCAGUGAAAGAGAUCCCCAAGGUUAUGAAUAAAAAGCUGAGAAGACUAGGUGCAAGUGGCCUCAUGGGGACCCCCCAAAAGUGAGGUCUUCCUCCAAAAGGAGAAGAGACGCUUGCCCACCGGGGCAGAAAACAAGGAUUCUCUUCUGCAAAGGCUUCUCCGGUCAACAUGAGAGGCUGGGCAACCAUCAUUCUGGCAUGGCAAAAUCUGCCUUGCAGGAAAACAGGUCAGGGGGAUAAAAACAACCACCACCAAGGGGACCGCCUUUUUGGUUUUAAGCCUUGGUGUUGGGAAGACUAGGCACUCUCUUUGGGUCCUGAAAUCCCUUUCUCUCUUUUCUCAAGAAAUCCCACUGUGACUGCUGAACUGUAACUAAAACUGUUAGCAAGAAAGGAAGAAGGAGCAGGUAACGCCUUCCCCCUGCCGCAGCUCCCCAGGAUGCGCUGGACUACUUCACUCCUGUUAUGAACUUUCCGCAAGAGGUUUAUGGUACUAAAUCCUGUAACUUCAGCAGAAAUGAAAAGGAGUCCCUCUUUUUGUAUAGACUUAACAGAGGAACUGUUCUCCACCCUCACUCCCCAAAAAGGAGGUGUGGCUGUUGAGUAGAUGUAGAACUUUUAUGCUUUUAACUUUUUAAUUUUAUUUUUUUCUUAAGUGCAAUAAAAUCUUAUCAGGGAGCUUGAGAGGGCACUUUUGCUGCAUGGAAAUUCAGGCUGGAAAGGCAGGAGACAGCAAAACUUUGUGUGCCCGUCAUCUGCUUGACCAUGAUUCUCUUUCUCACCCACCCACCCCACAGAUAGAUACACAAGGAAUUUUUGCUGCAUUAACACUACAUUUACAGAAAAGAAGAUGAUGUCAGUUUGAUUCUGUGUCCCUUUUUCUCCCCUCCCCUGUUUUUUUUGUUUUUGGGGGGUUUGUUCUUUUUAGCUAAUGUUUGUCAUUCUUUUCUGGUUUUUGUGUGUGGAAUUUUAUUUUUGUUGAAACUCUUCUAUUAAAUGAAAAGCUGCAUUCAUCAAGUGGCUUCUCUCAGUCUCAUUUGGGAGGAAGGGAGCUGAAAGCUCAACCAAUAUCCUCCCCCCCCCCCCGGAAUUACAUUGUACAAGUGAAAUGGUGGCCACAUGGUGGGGUUGUGAAUGGAAAGGGGGGGGUUAAGGAUAAGGUUGCGCUGGGUCUCUGCACAACAUUCUUCAUAUUUCUAUAGCGUAAUCGGCUGACAAGGUGCUUUAUAUAGUGACUUAAGCCCCCCCCCCCAAAAAAAGGUCAGUGCCCCAAAGAUUUUCCAGUGUAAAUCUUUUCAGUUUGGGGGAGUGAAGGGAGGAGAAGGAGAAGAAGGAGGUAAUGGUACAUACUGGGAUUUUAUUUUUGUUUGGAAUGAGGAUUAUGAAGGUUCAUAUGAACUUCGGUAGGAAGUGGCUUUUUUCUCUGUAUUUUUUCCCAAGCUUGGAGACACUGUGCUUCCCUAGGAAAUGCAUAUUCAUCAUCCACACCACACCUGUGUUUAUCCUCCCCACCCCACCGCUAUCCACAUGCACAUUCAUCCUUGAACCUUUGCUUCCAAGUCUGUCAAGUACUGCAGUUUUUGCUUCUUUCCUUAGUGUGGGGUUGCCUGAUAUGCAGAUAGCUCUGAGAAGACAGUAGGGAUUGGACUUACAGCUCCCAAUGUUGCAAAGGAAUCUAUGUCUCUGAAGCGGGGGAAGUCCUAUGCACCUCUGCAGUUCCAAAGGAAUGAAGAGGGCAUUGGAGGAGGUGCUCUCUCCUUGGUGGAAAGUUAUCCUAACAGCUUGUUUUUCAAACGCUUCUUGUCUGAUAACACAUCAGGAAAACAGUUUGAGGAAGAGACUGAUGGACAGAUGUGGAAUUUUAUUAUAAUAUAGUAACCUUUCUAAUAAAAGCAAUAAUCUACUGAACUAGCACCCUCUAGUGUGAGAAAGGUGGAACUGUCAGGAAGCCAAAGGAAAAGAUGGCAGAGGUUUCUGAUGAUGUAGAAUACUAGGCUUAAGGUGUUUUUUAAUUUAAAAAAGCAAACUAAAAAACACACCCCUGAAUCUUCUUCCUGCCUCUAGAAAUGAAAUCCUGUUUAUGUGUUUAUUUUUAUGCACCUUUUAAAGAUGGUAUUCUUAAAUGAGCAAAGCUGGUUUUUCUAAUAUAUCUCCCCCAAAGAUCGGCACCUAAACACCAACAUAAAGCCUUGAAUUUCAGCUGGACAACUCCAGGAAUUGCCUUGUUGGAUCAUUUAACAAGAUUCAUCUAGUCCAGCAAUUCUGUGACUAACAAUGUCCAGGCAGAUACUCCAGGAGCUCAUUGGUGGAGUGUUAACAGGAAAAUAACCCGAAAAUAAUCCCGUCGUUUAGUCCCAACAUCUGGUAUUUAGGAGUAAAAAAAAAAAGUAAUGACUGCAGAGGUUCCAUUUGGGUCUCUCAUUUUUAUAUCUGGAUGAGCAUGGGAACCUUUGAGCCUCUCUGGGGCUUGUGUUUUGGUGAUCUGUGCUUGGAUACUGCUCCCAUGUCACAGAUGAUUAAAUCAGGUUAUCGUAAUUUAAGGAGAAAUCAGCUCUUAGAGGAUAACUUGGGCAGUUUUCUUUUUUAAAGCUGGGUUUACUAUACAUACAAUGUUCCUAGAUUCCCCAACUAAUUAACAUUGGCCCAAGUCAGAGGAGGAUCUAAUCCAGCCUUCCCCAACCUGGUGCCCUCCCCCCGAUGUGUUGGACUAAAACUCCCGUCAGCAUGGCUAUGCUGCCUUGGGGCUAGGGGCUAAUAGGAGUUGUAGUCAAACACAUCUGGAGGGCACUGGUGUCCUGCUGCCUGACCCUUUAAGCUGGAGACGGCAGGGAUUGAACUUGGAACCGUCUGCGCACAAAGCAGACACUGACACUAAGGUGCAUCCCCUCCCCAAAAGUCACAUGACUUUUACCACACUGAAGGCAAUACUUAAAGCCCUGCUGGAGUAAUUGUUUGCCAGCUGGAGCUGCCUCCUCACUAUUAAGUUUCAAGGAGCCACUCGUUAGGGACAGACUCACCAAGCUUCUGACUAUGAUGCUCAUAAGUUUUGUAAAAGAAAUCUCUGGUUACCUUCUCAUUGACUUUCAUGCAGCCUUCCUACUCUGUUUCACCUUCCCUCUUGGGCCUGGCCUAAUAUGAGGCAAGACAGGGUGUACAGACUCCGGUCCCUCCUCUGUCAGUGAAGAUGCUCCUUGAAGGCAAGCUGAAGCUGCCUGUGGGAAGAGCUGUGUGGCAGGAGCAGCAGCUUUGGCCUCGUUUCCCGGCCCGUGUUUGCAGGUUUGGUCUGGAGAGGGGGCAGUAGGUGUUAUAGGGAGGGCUUGCUCCUUAUCUCCAAAACCUGAGCAGACAUCAGGUGGUGAUAUGGGGCGGAGGAGCAUCUCUUCAGAGGUAGGAACUCUCCAUGUGGAGACUCCAUUGUUCAAACAUAUUUGCAAGCUGCCUUGAAUUCCGAAAUGGUGGAAAGGUGGGAUAUCAAACAAGGUUAGAUUCUUGUUGAUCUGUUACCUUCCCAUUGAUGGAUUGUUUUGUGGGUAUAAAACUGUCUCAGAGCAACUGUGAAUUUUCUCUUUUCAUAUAUACCAAAACACUUGUCCCAGCACUUUUGGGGGUGGGUGGGAGGAGAAUAAUUUAUUUCUGUUGAUUUUAGAAAACCUCAUACUUGGUCCUGAAGUAGCGUUACU